AUGGGACACCGAGCAUUCGAGUGUUACGCCAAGAAGGAUAGGAAUGUUUCCGGACAAAAUCAGAACAGGAAUGGAGGUGGUAAUGGAAAGAACCCUGGCGAAGGAAGUCAAUACAAUAAUCAGAAUGGCAACAGAAACGGCGGAAACAACAUGGCUCAGAAUAAUAAUGGAGGAAAUGGUGGGCAAGGACGCAUCUACGUCAUGAACAAGGUCCAGGCGGAGGCUAGUGACGUGGUCACAGGAACCUUUUUCGUACACUCUGUGCUUGCCUUGGUUUUAUUUGAUUCUGGAGCUACAAACUCUUUUGUAUCAACUGCUUUCAUAAAGAAAUUAAGAUUGGCACCAACCUCAGAAAUAAAAAUAGCUAUCAAGACCCCUACAAGUAGUGUAGUGGCUUGUAAGUACGUUCAUAAAGACGUACCCAUCGACAUCAAUGGAGUGAACUUUCCAGGGAACUUGAUCGAGUUCGAGUUGAAAGACCUCGAUGUAGUACUAGGAAUGGAUUGGUUGUGUGUUCACAAAGCCAAGAUCAUUUGUGAUAAGCAACAAGUGACCUUGAGGAGUGCUGAGGGUGAGCGUGUGACCUAUCGAGGAUUCACCGUCAAGCCAGGAAUCAAGUUGGUAUCCAUGAUGAAAGUGAAGAAGUAUGUGCUGAACGACCAUGAAGCUUAUCUGUGUAUGGUUAGAGACCUCGACUCAAUGGAGGAAGCACUGGAACAAAUAGCAGUAGUGAGAGACUUUCUUGACGUCUUUCCAGAAGAGAUACCAGGUAUGCCGCCAGAAAGAGAGGUGGAAUUUGCCAUUGAUUUAGUACCAGGAACUGCACCAAUCUCAAAAACACCUUACAGGAUGGCACCGAAGGAAAUGUAG